AUGUGUAAUAUUGGACAACUUGAAUUUCGACAUAUUCUGGUGAGGUUCUAUUUGUUUGAAGAUUAUGUCCAGUUCUUGUCGAGGUCAGUUGGUUACAUAAAAGAUAAAGGUGACGAAUUCUUUUUUAGAACGUUUCCAUGGACGAUAGGAUUUAAUCCCAAGGAGGAAACAUCAAAAUCUGUGGUGUGGAUUUCGUUGCCUGAUUUACCUCCGAAUUUUUUCGCAAAGAAGUCAUUACUGUCAAUCGCUUCAGCUGUAGGAAAGCCUCUUGCAGUGGAUGAGGCAACACAAGAUCAAACAAGGCGAAGUGCUGCUAGGGUAAAGAUUUUGUUAGACCUAUUAGACAAGCACCCUAAGCGAGUAAAGUUGCACAUCGUUGAUAAGUCGACUGGAAAAUUUGUUGAGCAUUAUCAAGAGGUAGUGUAUGAUAAUCUCCCCAAAUUUUGCACUUUUUGUAAGCAUCAGGGGCAUGAGGAAAGAACAUGUCGUUUGAUGGCUGAAAAGGAUAAGGAAAGCGAAGGAGUUGGGACAAAAAACAUGGGUGUGCAAGAGCUGCCUGUUGUUGAGACAACUGGAGUUGAAAAGCUGCAAGGAGAUACAAGGGCUUAUUUGAAUGCCAAAAGAGCAGGACAAAAAGUUAACGAAUUACUGGAUUCCAAUAGUGGUCAACUCGAAGUUGAAGCACCAAAAGAAAACUCUGCAAUUCAGCAGGUAUCGCAAACAGAUGGAGGAAAUCUUGUGAAUCGUCCAGGUAAUGGUACAGCUAUAGGUGAAGUUUCAAUGAUCGAUAAAGGUCCACCUAAACCUUCACAACCAAUUGAUGAUCGAGCUGAAGAUGCUGCAGAAAUUGGUAAUGUAGUGAAUGGUGUGGAAGAUGGUAAUCGAGGCUCAGCUGAUGUUGAGCAGAUUUUACCAGUUCUAGGUGGUAAUGUAGAUGGUGAGGAGUUUGGUCGAAUUGCAUCAGUGUUUGAAGGAAAAAAGGAAAAUAUGGUCAAAAGGGAUGCUCCUGCUAAGUCAAAAAUUGGUGCAAAUGUCAAAGGUGCUACAGGUUCUAACUCAAGGUGUAAUCGAGCUGAUACAUCUGCACAACUGGGUAAGGAAGAGGAUGGUCUGGCAAAAACUAUCACGUUGAAUGCAAAUGGGAAAUCCGACGAUCAGUAG